AUGAUGCAAUCUUUUGAAGAAAUGAAUAAUUUAGCAUACAAAAGAUUAUCAAGAUCAAUAUGUACAACUUCCAAUAAAAAUUCUUCUGAAUCAUAUGAUUAUGAAGACGACAAUGAGGGCGAUGGUGAAGAUCAGCAUGCAGAUGAAGAGGAAAACGAAAAUGAUGAUAAUGAAAAACAUCAACCUAACAAGGAAUCUAUUGAGAAUGGUAUCAUGAAUGAAAAUAAUGAACUAACGUCAAUGGAUGAAUUUGGUCUUGAUUGUCUUCCAAAUGUAUCUAGUUCCACCAUUCGAGGGAUGCGUUUAUUCGAUUCUGUCAAUAGUAAUCAAU